ACCACGUUGUGCAUUUCAUCACCAUGAAAAUAAGUAUUUGCCAUGAAAAUAUGUUGGAGGGCGUGUAACUAGUUGCAAUAUUAUGUAUCUUUUAUAAAUCCUUUGUCAGUCUUGGUCUAGCUAAAUGAAUCCAUAAAAUGUGCCUUAUUUCUGCAACACCGGAAACGACUGUGUUACCUGGGAAACGUGCUAAUGAAAGCUAGCGAUAGCGUUUUCCUGCAUAAUUUUAAACGUAUUCCUUAUUAAAUUAUGUAAAAUAUGUGUAUAUGUAUUGCUGUCUGGGUGCUUUAGUGAUGAUACUAUAUCCCUAAUCAUAUUCAACAGAGUAUUAUUUCUGUAUUUUCAUGAUUAUGAUUAUGAUUUCUUUUUUUAAAAGGCACCAAUAGCAGCUAGAGAACAGUCCCUGAUCUCCAGUGCGCAUGCGCAAGCAGACGUAGCAGUGACACCAGCAGCUGAUCUGUGUUGGCUCUGUGCAGAAAGAGAGCAGUGCCAGAGCCUUGCUGUUUAACCGACAAGUUCAUUAAGAGCAAAGUUUCUCUUCAGGAAAGAAGGCAUUUUGAAAUAUUUACAUUUUAUUUUAACCAUUUAGUUGUGUAACAGCUCUAACUAUGUUUUAACUAUUCAUGUUCUGCACAAGUAAAGGCUGUGAGAGAGUUUUUCGGGGGGUGUAACGCUAGCCGUCCAGCUAGCUAGCUUAGCAAAACUUUCCUGUGAAAAAUGCCACCUUUACAAUGCAGUGUGUGUCCUGUCCUGCUGCUGUGUCUCUGUACGCCUGUGGCGGCUGGCAUUGGCGAAACUCUUCUCCUGGAAGGCUGGCAGGAUGUGUGGGUUUUCCGUUUUUUCCUCAACAUUCUUGGCUAUGGCACCAUCAUCAUCCCUGGAUAUCUCCUGAUUCGCUACUUCAAGAGGACUAACUAUCUUGAGACAGGACGAGGGAUUUGUUUUCCCAUUAUAAAAGCAUGUGUGUUCGGCAGUGACUCUAAAUCAACGCUGUUGGAUGAUGUAUCUGAAACACCUAGAACCGAGUCCACUUCAUCGACACGGCAAGCCAUCAAACUUAUUUUCUGUGCAGCGGGACUCCAGGGCUCAUAUUUGACGUGGGGCGUGCUGCAGGAGCGAGUGAUGACACGUUCCUAUGGAGCCACUGAAGAUGGGAAAAACGGCGAGCGGUUCACGGACUCUCAGUUCCUGGUGUUCAUGAACCGUAUCCUGGCCCUUACCGUGGCCGGCCUCUGCUGCGUACUGUUUAAACAGCCCAGGCACACAGUACCAAUGUACAAGUACUCGUUUGCCUCCAUCUCCAACAUCCUGAGCAGUUGGUGUCAGUAUGAAGCCCUCAAAUACAUCAGCUUCCCUACACAGGUGUUGGCCAAAGCCUCAAAAGUCAUCCCUGUGAUGCUGAUGGGCAAGCUGGUGUCACACAAGAGCUAUGAAUACUGGGAAUAUUUUACAGCUGUGCUGAUCUCAGUGGGCGUGAGUAUGUUCCUUUUGUCGAGCUCUAACAGUACCAAACACGCAACCAUCACAACUUUCUCCGGCAUCAUCAUUCUGGCCGGCUACAUCAUGUUCGACAGCUUCACCUCCAACUGGCAGGACGAGCUUUUCCGCCACAAGAUGUCCUCGGUGCAGAUGAUGUUCGGCGUGAACCUGUUCUCUUGCCUCCUGACGGUGGGCUCUCUGUUGGAGACGGGCGCUCUGUUCGACUCACUGGCGUUCAUGGGCCGCCACGGCGAGUUUGCAGCUCAUGCCGCGCUGCUCUCGCUCUGCUCCGCGUGUGGCCAGCUUUUCAUCUUCUAUACCAUCGCACAGUUCGGUGCCGCCAUCUUCACCAUCAUCAUGACGCUGCGCCAGGCCAUCGCUAUCCUGCUCUCCUGCCUCCUCUACGGCCAUGCCGUCUCAGUAACAGGAAGCUUUGGGGUGGCUGUGGUGUUCUUUGCACUCUUUCUUCGCGUCUAUGCACGCAGCCGAGUGAAAAAGAGCAGCAAGAGAGCAGCACAGGCACCAUUACAGAAGGUCUAGAUGAAGGACAGUGAUAACACAACCACGUUAUUUGUGGUUUUUGCUUCCUCUAUUCGUGUGUGUGUGUGUGUGUGUGUGUAUCAUGGAUGUGUAUGUGUGUGUCUGGGUGUGUUUCACAAAGCUUUGUUUCUACUCUGUAUAUAAAAAAAGGUACCGAAAGGGGUGGCACUUUUUUUUUUUUUUUUUUUAAAAGGGAUUUCGAUUUCACUGAUUAAUAGAGGAGGGAUAGUAGUUACAUACUUUGUGUCAUGUGUUGGACGUGUGUUUGUUGUAGGUUCCAUUUUUGCUGAGCCAGUAUUUGGUCCCAACUUGUGUGUUGAGGUUGGAUUUGUUCCAUUGGUUGUGUGCUAAGAUUUUUCUGUAUGUCUUUGUUGUUGAUUAAGCAUAAACUUUUGUUUUAGCAUUCUUAUUUAUAGUUUGGAUCUUAAUUACAACCUUAUAAACUGCCAAACUGCUUGAGUCAAGAAUCAUGUUUAACCUCUUCAGAUUGAAUUUAAUGACUGUUGUUUAAAAUGCUUCAUUAUUAGGUGUGACGAUACCCCAUUCCAUUUCUUUUAGCUAGUGAUGAGUUUGAGAUGAUCCCCAUUGAGAUUUGCUUAAAAAGCUAUUUUUUGAAUUAAAAAAAACAUCUGAAUAUGUGACAAAUACAUUCAGCAUUUCAGACCAGUAACUGGUCUGCUACAUUUGCUACAUUCACUCACUAAGCCUCACAUUUCUGCGUUUUUGCCGUCUCCAUCAUAUUUCUCUUUUCUCACGUGAGACCAGAUACCUUCUUUCACUGGUUAAAUCAUACAGUUCAACAACCAGUCGAUGGACUUUCACUUAAUUUGUAUGCUUAAAUAAGAACAUCCCUCAAUCAUCUGAUGGCCAUUACAGUGGACACAUGGCGUAAAGGGAUUAAAUUACACCAUGUCACCUCCUCCUCCUUUCAAAUCUUGUCUAAAUAUAUUUAAAUCCACCUGUGCUUUUUUCUGAGGGUCUGUUUUGUAGUAUUUUCUACCCUUGAAUAAGAUGAUUAGAGUAAGUGCUGAGUCUUCUUCAGCAACAGACCGUGAGUGCCUACUGAAUUAUAAACUAGAUUUUUCUGUAAUUAAAAUCUUUUGCAGAUAGGAACAGGUGAUCUGUAAUCACAGCAUUCUUUAACUUGAGCAAGACUCGAAAUGAACAUUGGGCAUGUGCUGAUCAUUAGUUAUGCUGCGUUAUAUAACACACACAGCUGUUGUUAUUCCAAAUAUCUUCACUUCCCCUGAGUUACAGUCACAGGAGAUAAAGUCUGUCCCAGCAUAACGGCCACUGUCCAAAUCUGGAGUUGCAACCUUCUUAGCCAGAAUAAUACGCUGCUGAGGUUCUUUUAACAUUUAAACGCUGCUCAGUCAGAACAGGUACAGAUAGUCGUGGUAAUUUUGUUAACUACAAUACCGUAAGGAUUUUUGGAUAAAUGCAUACAUUAGGUACGUCAUUUUACUCUGAUUUAUUUUAUAUGAUACACUGCUGAUCAUUUUAAUUUCUCACAGACUAGAAGGUGCUACUGGCUGAGAAGAGGACAUUUCUAAUAAGGCCUCAGACACAGGUUUGUUCAAAACAAAAAUCUAUUGGGCAUGGCUGAAUAACAAUGCCAAAAAGAAGUACACGGAAAUCUAUGACCAAAGCUCAUACUAGUGUGAUAUUAUUUUGUUCCAUCCUGAUGCUAAUUAUUAUAAAGCAUUUGAUAGGCUAGCCGGUUGUUAUUAUAUGAAAACUAAAUAUCAGCACAUGGCUAAUUUAACUUGUUAGAAACACUGUAUUUUCACUCAAGUGGUGUUUUUAACGUUCUUUUCUAUCAUACUGGUUCGUCAUUCAUUGAACAGUCAGAUAAUUAAUUAAAACAGCCAGUCAUUCUACUUGACAUGGCUGUAUGUACAUUUGCACAUGAUUUGAUUAAAUGAUCUUAUUGUAAAAGUGUUUUCUGGGAUGAAGCUCUGCUGUCCUGUUUGUGCAGAUCGUGCACCAUGUACUUGGGCUUAAUGAUGCUGGCUGGCUUGCUUGCAUUAGGUGUCCCAACCAGCCGCAUUACAAAACCACAGUUCAUUUGCCUUUCAGUUGGGAUACUGAUUUUUAAGUGGACAAGUUCACAAUUUGUCUGUCAAAAUUAAGAGGAAUCAAUGAAAGGGAAUCCAAAGAAGCUAGUAGUCUCUUUCCCACGUAGAACUGUAGGCCUGUUAAAGUUUGCAAAUUCAUAGUAGACCUGUUUGUUUCAGCUACACCCACUCAGCUCUUUGGAGCUGAUCACCUGGCCCUGGCCCUGGCCCUUCGAAACGUUAGAGACCAGGUUACUAGAUUGAGUGUAACUGUAUAGAUAUUCAUAGUUUAAACACCCUCCCCUUUCACUAUGAAGCUUCUUACAAAAUUAUAUUUAAAGUAAACAUAGCUGUCAUUUCAAGCUCCUGUUUGCGUGGUUAUAAAUAGCGAAUCCAUGUGGGGAAACCUACCAGUCAGGUUACACUAGUGAUAUAUAUCUCUGGGGGAAAAACCUAUCGAGUGGUUUGACAGAGUAAUCACUGAAUCGUAGCUGGAGGGUGUAAGUGUGUGUAAAAACGUGAUACCUGCAAAGACAUCAAUUAGAAUUUAUAACUGUAAUAUGACUACAAUCUCAGUUGCAGAUUUAUUAAUCUGACAAUGAAUUUGUGAUUUACAAAAUUAAGCUGUCAUCAGUGUUUUUUUUUUUUAAAUACAGUUAUUUUAGACAAAAAAAACCCUUGCUGUAUUAGUACUUCAAGUGAAGUAAGUGUAAAUUUUUUCACAGCUACAUAGAAACAUGCUUGAGAAAGUCAGAGGAAGGAAACUCAGCACGUCAGUACUAAUGUUGUGAGUGAUAUAAUAUAUGUAUGAUGUACAUGUAUUAUAUUUUCUCAGAUUUUGGGCAGUAAACAAUCCCUAAAAAUCCCUAAAAUAUCAUGUCCAGUAAUGCUUUUAUUUUUUCUUUAUCUUGUUGAGUAUGGAACAGGAUUGUUCAGAUGAUAACAGAUGACACUGCAUUCGAUCCUUGAGUAACACUAAUGUUUGUAUGUGAUGCUAAUGAAGGUGUAGUGUUUAAGCUGUGAGUAAUGGUUUUCUUUGGUUUGUUGUUCUAUAUGCAGUAAUGAUCAACCAAUUGAACGCAGAUGAUCAAAUGCUUUCAGCAUAUAUGAAGAAGUGCCAGUUAGAUAGUGCAUUGGCAUUAUUUUCCACCUUAUUCUGAAAAGAGAGAACGCCAUUUGAUUUGUCAUCUGCCUUAGCUUGUGGUAGCUACAAUAAUCAGGACAUAAACAAGGUGUGUUGCUACAGAAUUAACUGUAACACAUAGCCAGUUAAAUACUUGGGUAUCUGGGUUUAAUUGAAAGUUUUUUAAAUCAAGGCUGUUUUUAGACGCCUUAUAUGAGCUCUAAUGUUUGGUUUAAAAACACUCCUUUUUUGGGUGCGGGGAAGGAGUUGUAGGGUUAACGGUUAUUUCAACUACACAAACAAUACCGGUUUUUGAUUUUAAUCCUAACAGCAUCUUGCUUGAUACCAUGAUGUACUUUAUUUAAAAAAAAAGAAAAAAGAAAAAAAAAAGAAAA